AUGUUUCUAAUGACCGUAGUUGCUGCUUCCUUGGCUACCACUGCCCUAGCAAGAAUCCAGCAGGGAGCCCUGGGAUUCAACUAUGGCGCCACGAACGAAGAUGGGUCAUGCAGAGGUUACCAUGAUUUCGUACGCUACUUCCAGCACGCAAAGACACUGGCUGGCACGGAGGGGAAAAACUUCACCUCGGCUCGUCUUUACACUUCUAUCCAGUGCGGCAAUACAUCCCGGGCCGAACCAAUCUCGGCUUACAAGGCCGCUAUUGAUAACAACACGAGUAUUCUGGUCGGUCUCUGGGCCAGCUCCGGCAAUGAUCACUACACGGAAGAGCUCAUAUCUCUUUCGAUCGCUUAUUCCCUGUAUGGUGACGCUUUUGUCAACCUGAUCAUCGGCAUCUCCGUCGGUUCCGAAGACCUGUACCGAAGUGAGAUUGUAGGAUACAUCACGCGUCUCGAAACCUACAUCAGAAACAAUUUACCCUCCUGGAAGGCCAUCCGCAUUGGCCACGUCGACACGUACACUGCGUGGAUUCGCCCUGAAAAUGCCGCCGUUGUGAAAGCCGUCAAAUGGCUUGGUCACAAUUCCUUCCCCUACUGGGAGUUCGAUAAACAAAACAGUAUUGAGAACGCCACGAACCUAUUCGCGUCUGCUCUUGACCAGACAAGGGAAGUCGCUGCCCAAAUUUCAAGUGCAUGCGGCGAGGAAAAGGAGGUGUGGGUCACCGAAACUGGAUGGCCGCAUGCUGGCAAAUCUCAAGGCGAUGCCGUCGCUUCAGUUGAAAACGCUCAACUCUAUUGGGCCAACGUGGGAUGUGACCUCUUCCAAACGAGUCUCAAUGUUUUCUGGUACACACUGCUCGACUCCAAUGCUGAUCAGUUCAGUCAAGGCAUAGAGUUUGGUCUUACGAGGAAUGGCGACGUCUCGAGGCCUGUCUUCAACCUAAGUUGUUCAAGCGUGCCGGGCUUUACACCGGGAAAAUGCGGAAGGUAG